AUGGCUCUUCCACGGCAUCCAACUCCAAAGUGCACCUCUGCCGGCAGAGUCACGUCCCGAAUGCUGCUUUCGUUCCUCUUGUCGGCCCCCAUCGCCACCGCUUGGAACGAUGCCGCACGUCAACAACAUCAGCAAUACCCACCGCCUCCAAUACCGCCCAUAUUCCCAUCCCUUCCUCCCGACACACAACCCCAUAGCCCUGGGGGGGAGAAUGCGCAUGUAUUUAGCUUACGCCAUGUCUUCCACCAGGACCUCAACCGCCCGGCCGAUCACCUGCGGCUCGAUGUGCCAAAGUCAGCAUCGGCAGUGUGGAUAGAGUCAGAAUCGGAGGACGGCACAUUAGAGGAAGUAGACCGGCCACUGUUGGUUCGGAGUAGCCCGAUGACUAUACAUCGAUUAAAGGAUCGACGCCCCUCUGUCGUGGACCCUAUGGUGGCUGCUGCCCGGGAAUACAAUCAAGUCUGGGCCUCCUCUCCACAAGCGUGGACCUUUGACGAAGUCCUCGGCCCAGAUGUCACCGAUAGAGACACCGUCUUAACUUUCGCUCAAAUGGCGGCAAACGCUUACGUUGACACUCCGGGUCAAGGGGACUGGAAAGACGUUAAUGGAGGGUUUAACCGAACCGAUGAUCGCGGUUUUGGCUGGGAAAGUGAUGGGUUGCGAGGCUAUCUCUAUGCCGACGAGGAUUACUCGACGAUAGUAAUCGGCUUAAAGGGCACAACCCUCGCCAUAUGGGAUGGUGACGGCACGACAACGAACGAUAAAGAGAACGACAACCUUUUCUUUAGUUGUUGCUGUGGGCAGCAAGGAAGCACGUUUUAUCGUACCGUUUGCGACUGCGCUACAGGAACAUAUACCUGCAACUUGACUUGCCUGAAGAGAAGUUUAACGAAGGAGAAUCGAUACUACGCUGCCGCUCGACAUUUAUACAACAAUGUUACCGCGCUGUACCCAAACUCUAAUGUUUGGAUGUCUGGCCACUCGCUAGGAGGUGCUGUGAGUGCUAUGAUCGGCCUAACUUAUGGCAUACCUGUCCUCACGUUCCAAGCCGUACCAGACGCCUUACCAGCAAACAGAUUAGGCCUCCCUGUUCUGCCGGGCACAGAUCCUGAUCGGCCAGGACAGCGCGACUACACUGGAGCUUUCCACUUCGGACAGAAUGCCGAUCCCAUCUUUAUGGGUACGUGUAAUGGUGCCACAGCUAGCUGCUCCUAUGCUGGUUAUGCGUUAGAGAGCGCCUGCCACACUGGGCGAGAAUGCGUCUUCGAUGUGGUCAAUGACAAUUCAACAAGAGUAUCUAUUAUUACACACAGAAUUAUAUGGGUGAUUAACAAUGUGCUAAAGAAAUACACCACGGUGCCUGAGUGUAAAUUUACGCCAGAGUGCUAUGAUUGCCCAUUAUGGAAAGAAGUUACAGGCAAUAGCAGUUUAACUACUUCAUCGACUUCGAGCUCCACAAGAACCAAAACGCGGACUUCGACCUGUCAGACUCCUGGUUGGUGGGGAUGUCUUGACGAGACUACAACAGGAUCUACCACGACGACUAGCAGUAGCACUACCACGACAACGUCGACGUCAACUUGCAAGACUCCAGGAUGGUUUGGUUGCAAUGAUGAGACUACGACAACUAGUCAACGAGUUACAACCACCAUGUCCACGGCUACAUCAACAUCAGCAACCACCACAAGUUCAUCGAUGACAUGUGAAACACCUGGGUGGUUUGGUUGUAAUGACCCGACCACGACACCCCCUGGUUCCACUUCGCGAACUUCGGUACAGUGCAAAACACCUGGGCUAUUCUGGGGAUGCCAUGACCAGACUGCUACGGCAACACUAUCGCACCCUAUCACAUCACCUCCUCCAUUGCCGACCUCGACAAGAGCAAAUCCUACCGCAAGCCGGACGACAAGCCAUUCUUGUACAUCUUCGGCCUGGUUUGGAUUGAUAUGCGUCGAUCCGUCACCUGUCACUACUCCAAGUUCGAUCCCUAAUGAUCCUUCCCAUGGGAAAUCCUAUUGUGUGCGUCGAAAUUGGCUUGGUUUCUGUACAGAAUGGUCGAAUAUGACCAACCCUCCCAAAGAAGAAAUCUAG